GGCAGCAGCUUCCCCUCUGUCCCCUUGCAGGGCUUUGUUGGUAUUGUAAUGAAAAGUGGGACCGGUCCCAUAAUUGCCGCUGCCGGUUCUUAACGCCCAUGGGCCCCGAUGAUGACGAACCGUCCCUUGAUGCGGAGAAACCAUCCGACCCGACAGACUUCACUCCCGUUAUCACCGGCGACAUCUCGAGCAUCCAUUCAAUGUCCGGCAGCCCGAGUCCGCGGUCUCUCAAAUUGGCUGGCUCCGUGCAUGGUACAGCCGUCCAGGUUCUUUUGGACAGUGGGAGCACCCACAACUUCAUCCACCCCGGGGUGGCCGAACGCCUCGCCCUGGUCCUUCAUCCUGUCACACCCUUCCGCGUCUACGUCGGUAAUGGUGACUCACUUCGUUGCUCUUACAAUUGCCCGCGGACGCCAUUAUCUCUCCAAGGCCAUCUUUUUGAAAUUGAUUUAUACAUGCUGGAAGUUCAUGGCCCCGAUAUUGUACUCGGAAUUGAGUGGUUGCAAACUUUGGGCAAGGUGGCACACGACUAUGCGAAAUUAACCAUGGAAUUCAUUUGGAAUGGCGACACCAUCACAUUACGGGGCGACUCUCCUAGCCCGCGUCUGGUAUCCUACAAUCAGUUGAGCGCCCUCCUUGCCGCACCCGAGCCAGUCGACUUAUAUGAAGUGGUGGGCACCGCUGUGGAGCUGCCGCCGGUCACGACUGAGGACCCGUCGUUCCCUCCUAAUCUACCAGAACCCAUCCGCGACUUGCUUACUCAGCACUCACCGGUGUUUGGAACACCAACCGGCCUCCCACCAGCCCGUUUUUGGGAUCACCGUGUUCACCUCACACCGGCGGUUCAAAAGUGGCGCCAAUACUUGCUCGGUCGAGAAUUUGUGAUUCGAAGCGACCAGCGCAGUCUCAAGGAACUCCUUCUCCAGGUCGUCCAGACCCUGGACCAGCAAUUUUACAUUCGGAAAUUAAUGGGGUAUAAGUUCCGUAUUGAAUAUAAGACGGGGGCCUCUAACCGUGCUGCCGAUGCACUGUCCCGACGAGAAGAUGAAGCAGAGGUAGCCUCUCUGCUCUUGACCUAUGCACGGCCUCAGCCCAAGCUCCUGGAUGAUGUCGCUACGGAAAACACCCCGUCCCCGGAACUCCGCCAACUUCAUGAAGCUGUGGCAGCGGGAACAGCAAAACCAGGUUUCACUGUACACUCCGGUAUCCUUUACUAUAAUCACCGUCUGGUCUUGGCAUCCUCCUCACCUCUACGCCACCAUCUACUGGUCGAGUACCAUAGCUCCCCCGAUGGCCGGACAUCAAGGCGUGGAGCGCACCUUCCGUCGCCUCGUCACCACUUUUUAUUGGCCCGGCAUGCGCACGGAUGUCCGGCGUUUUGUGGCAGCGUGUUUGGCAUGUCAAGCAACCAAGUACUCCACCCGGAGGUCUCUUAUGCCAUCGGUGAUUUGAUACUUUUGAAGCUCCGCCCGUAUCGCCAACACUCCGUCGCACGCCCACUCUCAACGAAGCUCUCUCGGCGAUUUUAUGGACCUUUUCCCACUUUGGAACGGGUCGGCCUGGUCGCUUACAGAUUGCAACUUCCGCCAGAUUGCCGGAUCCACAAUGUCUUCCAUGUUUCUCUCCUGCGGCCCUUUGUUCAAACCGGUGCUACUCUUCCGCCCGUCACCCUUCCCGCUGAUUUCUAUAAAGGCCGUCCUGUUUCGGUCCCGGUGAAGGCGCUGGCUACACGGACAAUUUUGGUGGAUGGCUCCCCGCAAGACCAAUGGCUGAUUCGUUGGUCCGACGGUGGGCCGGAAGACAGUACGUGGGAACCCGUUGCCGACAUCCAGCGAUACUUCCCCACUCUCGGCCUUGAGGACAAGGCUGUUUCCAACCGGGAGGGAGUUGAUACGGGGGUUAUUCCCGCCCAUGACGACCCAGCAGAUCGUUCGGCUCUUCAACGCGCAAAACUUCCUCCUCCUUUUCUUGAAUGUGCGUGGGUGGUUCUGAGUCAGGUCCCUCAGUUGGUUCCACCUCAUGUACGACUGUGCCGGUUGACACUUGGCUUGGAGGGUAUUCAGGGUGCACAAUCUAGACCCCUAUCUGGUGCAACGAUGAUCACCCCGACCAAUAAUGACUUGCACCUAGCACAUUUGUGUUUCCUCGAAAACUGUGAUGAUGUCCAACCAUACUUUAUUGAACAUAUGGGUGCUUUGGUGAAAAUGUAUCCACAACGUUCUAAUGAUGAGGAGUGGCUCAAGAACUAGCAAAACGAAACUUUCCCGGGCUGGUUUCGUAGAAAAGUAAGUACAAUCUGUCAUCAUAUAGUAUUUGUGCAGAUUCUUAAAUAAAAUAGCAAAAUUUGAAAUUAUUGUACUUGUGUUACUUCGUUUGGACAGAUUUCAACAGACUUGCUUGUGGAGAAUAAUACGGUAUCAACGGA